AUGUAUUCAGCGUCUUUUGCAUUCUUCGAGGCAAUAUGGGAUGCAGGGGUCACACACUGUUUUGUUAACCUGGGAUCAGAUCACCCAGGUAUGAUUGAGGCUAUGGUCAAGGGCCAGCGAGAAGACAAGCGGAAGUUUCCGCGAAUCAUUACGUGCCCCAGUGAGAUGGUGGCGAUGUCCAUGGCAGAUGGCUACGCUCGUUUAACUGGCAAGCCACAGUGUGUUAUUGUCCAUGUUGAUGUCGGCACACAGGCCCUCGGCGUUGCCGUUCACAACGCCUCAAGCGGCCAUGCUCCCGUCCUCAUCUUUGCGGGCAUGUCUCCUUUUACUCAGGAGGGCGAGAUGCGCGGCUCGCGCACUGAGUUCAUUCACUGGUUACAAGAUGUCCCUGACCAGAAGGCUAUCCUUGGUCAAUACUGCCGAUAUACAGCUGAAAUUAAAACUGGCGUUAAUAUCAAGCAAAUGGUUAACCGAGCCUUGCAAUUUUCUAGAACUGCUCCACAGGGUCCAGUAUAUCUCUGUGCUGCAAGGGAGGUUAUGGAGGCAGAGAUCAAGCCAUACUCCAUCAAGCAAGAACUCUGGGGUCCUGUUGAGUUAGGUGGCCUUUCCUCAAGGGCCGCAAGUAAUAUUGCUAAGUCGUUGGCUAAUGCUGAGAAACCAUUGAUCGUGACCGGGUACUCUGGUCGCAAUCACAGCAUUCCCGACGCACUAGUUGAGUUAGCUGAUAUUGUCAAGGCUUUACGUGUGCUCGACACAGCGGGCAGUGAUGUAUGCUUCCCAGGCAACCAUCCGGCGUGGCUAGGGGUUAAACAAGGCGCUGAUGAUUCCAUCUCGGAAGCCGACGUUAUCCUAGUUCUAGACUGCGAUGUUCCAUGGAUCCAAACACGCUGUAAACCCGAUCCAGAUGCUAGGAUUUAUCACAUCGAUGCCGACCCCUUGAAGCAGCGAAUGCCUUUAUUCUAUAUUGAAUCCGAAGCUCGAUAUUUAGCCGAUAGCUUGACAUCUGUUAGACAAAUCCUUGACAAUCUCAAGACAGGCGAAGCGGCCGAGAUACUGGCAGUGAAAGACCAGGCUCCGGCCGAAGAGGCACGACAUAAAUCUUACACCGCCAAAAUCCGACGUAUCGAUGAUGCAGCCCAGCCGUUUUCCGAUAACCGGUUUGGCACAGGUUAUCUGAGCAAAGUCCUACGUACUGUCUGUCCAGAGGAUACAAUAUGGGCCGUCGAGGCAGUGACCAAUACUGGGUUUAUCCACGACAACAUAAGGCCAACGCAGCCAGGUUCCUGGAUCAAUUGUGGCGGAGGUGGCCUCGGUUGGUCUGGCGGUGGUGCUCUAGGCAUUAAGCUAGCUACUGAUGCCGAAGGGAAGGGCCAGUUCGUCUGCCAAGUCGUGGGUGAUGGAACCUACCUUUUUUCCAUACCUGGAAGUGUCUAUUGGAUCUCAAAGCGAUACAAUAUUCCUAUCUUAACCAUCGUGUUGAACAAUGAUGGAUGGAAUGCACCGAGAAAAUCCUACAUGUUGAUUCGUCCUGAUGGCGUAGCUGCUCAGGCAACUAACGAAGAAAUGAACAUUUCCUUCAGUCCAUCGCCGGAUUAUGCUGGCAUAGCAGCGGCAGCUGGCGCAGGUGAUAUUUGUGCGCUGAAGGUGACGGAGGCUGAUGAGCUCGAAAGCAUCCUCAGAGAUGCCGUAGCCAAAGUAAAGACUGGGAAGACGACUGUUGUAGAUUGCAAAGUAGUGCCCGACUGUUAG